CAAUAAAUUGUUGUAUGUGAUCUAUAUAAACUCAACUAAGUGAAGAGGAUCUCAACCAUAACGGCAAAGUAGUUAUUUAGAAUAGUUGUAUUCCUAUCCCCAGAAAAUCGACUGACCCACUCCGGCGGCUCUUCUCUCCCCGAGGAGGUGCCUCACUGCACAACACUUUUCCGACGGAGAAGCUUUCACUAGAACAAGGGGGGAAUGAGUUUGUUCUCCGACGAAGACGAAGGCGACGUAUUGGUGCCGCCGCCGAACUUCUCGGCGGUGGAAGAUUUCUGCAUUUACAGAUCAGGAUUCCCUCAGCCCUCCAAUUUCCCGUUUCUCCAGUCUCUCAAUCUUCGCUCCAUCAUAUAUUUGUGUCCGGAGCCCUACCCGGAAGAGAAUAAAGAGUUUCUUCGACUUAACAAAGUGAAGCUUUUUCAGUUCGGAAUGGAUGGCACAAAGGAGCCAUCAGCUAUUCCCACUACUGCCAUACAAGAUGCUUUGAAAGUCUUAAUUGAUGUGAGAAACCAUCCAGUCCUGAUCCAUUGCAAGCGUGGAAAGCACCGAACUGGCUGCCUUGUUGGGUGCCUGAGGAAACUGCAGAAUUGGUGUUUAUCAUCAGUGCUGGAAGAGUACAAGCAUUUUGCGGGUAAAAAGUGGAGAGAAACUGACUAUAGGUUUCUUGAGGCAUAUGAUGUCUCGUGUAUAAGGUAUUGCCUUCAGAGUAUCAUUUACCGCUACCAUAGCUCAAAGAAGAGGCGCUUAGUUUACGGAGAAGAGAGUAAAGAAAACCUGGGUAGUUUCUGUUUAGCAGGGGUGAUCUAUAUCAGGCUUUCUAAUUGAUUGAAGAAAGAUUGGAUUGCCCAUUAGUCCUUUUACUUCAAGAUUUUUGGGAGUUAUAUAUUUGUGUAGAUUUCUCUUAUGUUGUCAUUUAAUUGUACAAUAAUUGAAAUGCUAGUAACUUUGGCAUCUUCUUAGAA